AUGAAGUGCUUUCCUCGAUUUCUACGGACGGCGCCAGCCUAUCGUCCAGUUGCGGUCCUCAAUGCGCCCAGUUUCUACCGCGCUGCUAGCACCCGUCCCGUCCGGUCCACGCCCAAUUCCUCCGUUCUCGGUCCACUCUACUUCGCCUCCAGGCCUUCCCCAGUGUUGCGAGGUCAGAAUGGCCGAAAUAUCUCUUCUGAAGUUAAACCCUCCCCGAAGCGGAAGUCGCGCUUGAUCACCACACUCUACAAAACUGCGCUGUUUCUUGGAGGCUCUAUUCUACUGGUUGGAGCUGGCGUCGUGGCGUUCUUUAUUUAUGAUGCAUCUACUUACAAGGAGCACUCAACAAGCCGCGAGAUCAAUGUGUCUCUUCUAUCGUUGAAUCCGAGACGCGGCGGACCAAAGAAUCUUCCCAUCGCCGAUGCUUUCAUUGAUGACUAUGAUACUGAAGAGCGGAAGAUGCUAGCUGGCAAGCCGCGUCUCGUCAUUCUCGGCGGCGGCUGGGGAGCAGUCGCCAUGCUCAAGAACCUCAACCCGGGCGACUACCACGUUACCGUUGUUUCCCCUACCAACUACUUCCUCUUCACGCCGAUGCUGCCCUCCGCGACCGUCGGUACCGUCGAGCUUAGGUCCCUUGUCGAGCCGAUCCGUCGCAUUCUUAAUCGCGUUUCCGGCCAUUUCAUCCGAGCAAGGGCUGAAGACGUUGACUUCCAGAAUAAGCUCGUUGAGGUUUCCCACGUGGAUGACGAUGGGUUCGAGAGUAGGUUUUAUGUCCCGUACGAUAAGCUUGUUAUUGCUGUCGGGUGUCACUCCAACCCCCACGGCGUGCGAGGUCUUCAACACGCCUUCUUCCUGAAGAAUGUGCGGGAUGCGAGAAAGAUCCGCAACCAGAUCUUACACAACUUCGAAAUCGCCUGCCUACCCACUACAUCUGAAGAAGAGCGCAAGCGUCUCCUCUCCUUCGUCAUCUGCGGUGGCGGUCCUACCGGUGUCGAAUUUGCUGCCGAGCUCUACGAUCUGCUGAACGAGGACUUGACACAGCACUUCCCAAAGCUACUCCGGAACCAAAUUUCGGUGCACUUGAUCCAGAGCAGGGGCCACAUCCUGAACACCUACGACGAACAGGUAUCCAAAUAUGCCGAGGAACGCUUUGCCCGAGAGCAGGUUAAUGUCAUGACCAACGCCAGGGUAAAGGAGGUUCAAGCGGAUAAAAUAAUCUUCACCCAGAUUGCCGACGACGGUAGUGUGGUUACCAAGGAGAUUCCUACUGCAUUCUGCCUCUGGUCCACUGGUGUUUCGCAACGGGACUUCAGCAAACGGCUUGUCGCUAAGCUUGCUCCGGACCAGUCCAACCAGAAAGCCCUCGAGACCGAUACUCAUCUCCGUCUGCUUGGGGCCCCUCUCGGCGAUGUGUAUGCCAUAGGCGACUGUGCCACUGUGCAAAACAACGUCGCUGACCAUGUCGUCUCGUUUUUGCGAACGUUGUCGUGGAAGCACGGGAGGAAUCCCGAGAAGCUCCAAAUUCGCUUCGAGGACUGGAAAGAGGUUGCCGCCGAGGUGAAGAAACAGUUUCCCCAGGCUAUUGCUCACCUGAAGCGCCUCGAUAAGCUCUUCGAAGAGUUUGACAAGGACCAAUCGGGGACUCUCGACUUUGGCGAGCUUCGUGAGCUUCUCAGGCAGAUCGAUUCCAGGCUCACUUCCCUGCCCGCAACCGCCCAGCGCGCCCAUCAGCAAGGCCAGUACCUAGCCUUUAAAUUCAAUCGCAUGGCCAAGGCUACAGCGGCUCUAAAGGGUGACCAUACCGGCCAUGGAGACCUCGAUUCGGCUGUGUACAAAGCGUUCAAGUACCAUCACCUUGGCAGUCUCGCCUAUAUCGGAAACUCGGCCGUCUUUGACUUGGGCGAGGGCUGGAAUCUCGCGGGCGGCCUUUGGGCAGUGUAUGCUUGGAGAUCCGUCUACUUCGCCCAGAGCGUUAGCAUACGGACUCGAAUCCUUAUGGCUAUGGAUUGGCUUAAGCGAGGCUUAUUUGGUAGAGAUCUGGUGAGUUAUUGA